GAAAUCGAACAUACGCAUUAACCCUGUAUUGUUUCUGGCUUCGUAUCUUAAGAACCGUAAACUCAACAUUUCUUUAAAUGGUAGAAAGCCAAUUUUCAAAAUAUUUUUUAUAGGGGUAACGUUUUAAUGCAAAACUUUCUGCAGCCUUCUGUGGCUAAUUUCUUGUUUCUUGACGUCUGGUUUUGAACAAAUGAAAGGAAUCUCCGCCCUUAUUAAUAAACGCAGUUACUAGAUACGGACUCAAAAAACUAAAUCAAAUUCUUAUACCCUGGGUACCGGAGCCUCAUGAAUCCGGUGAUUAAGAAUUGUAGACGACUGCGGUGGCAGAGAAUGAGCCUAUCCUUGUUCAAAAUAAUAUUUCAGCGACUAGUUUCGAACUAUAUUUCUGAGGCUUAAUAAUGGAGCCCCUUUGGCAUCCAGGGUAAAAUCCUUAUUGUCAAACGCUUAUUGCAUUUAUACAUUGCUCCUUCGACGUCUAUGGCAUUGGGAAAGAGCGAAGCAUGUAUAUUCUGAAUCCAGGGAUUCUAUGAUCCACUGGCAUCGCAUAUAUUUUGUCUCUUUCCGCUCACAUACGAAAAGCAAUGUAAGCCAAGAGAUUUUCAACUUUGGUAUGUGACACAAACUAACAGAAAAGAUACAACUGUCGUGAAACUUGGGUUUUAAUUAUUAACUUAAUACUUUGUUAUUAAUCUGCUGAAAACCGCACUUCUAAGGAGGGAGUGAAGUAAAAUUUUGAAACAGAAAGAUCAGAGGAAUAGAGCAAUUUGUUACUUUUAGUUUACUAAUAGUGCCUAGCGAGCAGCCGUUCAGAAACUACCUAUCGCUUGGCCGCCUAUUGCUGCCACUUGCAGAACGUGACGAUAGGGAUGCCAUCCAAUUCAAUAUAAACAUUCGGAAACCAGCCAAUGCAAGUGCGUUGAACAGGUGGUUCAAAGAUCAAAAGACAUGUUAAAACUUAGCAUGAUUUUAUUACAGAAAAAAGAAUCUGCAAAGCAAACUAUUUGUUGUUCUAAGAUAAAACUACAAAAUAUUUAUGGAAUUUGAAAAGCAUUUUUCAGAAGACAGUAUAGAGGAAAAACGCCAUAUUAGUGCAUUCCGUUGUUGUAGAGAGAAGAACAUAACAGAAGUUGUCAUCGCUUGACGCGAGGCCUGUUUGUGCAUUCCGUUAGAGGAAAAAAUUAUUGACAAAAAAAUGUGAUGUCUUGAGAUUAACUUGGCUUGUUGAACCGUUUCUUCAUUCGAUAAGUUUUUGGAAGAGCUAGUAAGAGUAAAAUGCUUGUUCACGAGAGGUUCAUAUGUCCCGCAAAAGUAAUCUUUAUAAAUGGAAAUAUAUUGUCAAGCACAGAAACGAACAGAACAUCACAUAGUACUGGGCUGGAAAUUACCAGAAAUUGUGACAAGAGCAAAGAGUAACUGACCAACUGGAAACAUCUAAUUUCAGAAUCAGAAAGAUGGUGUGGACUAGAAGUGAAAGCGAUCCACAUACACCUGGGGAUGUUGGGAAUAAACAAUGUGACGAAAAAGAUGAGUGCGGAAAGAAGGAAAGUCCUUGCAGAAAAAUAAACCUUUUUGAGAAAAUUGUUGAAAAAUGCGAAAACUUAAUCAUAUACAGUCUACUUCAUCUUCGUAGCUCUCCGCUGGAAGCGCUGAUUGGGCCUGGAGCCUCAACAAAUGAAGGUUACACUCUUGUUCAUGCAUGUUAUUUUGUCAUUGUGUCGUUCAUUCCUAUUGCAUACGUCAUUGCCAACUUGCCAGGUAUUAAGACAUACUUAGGGAAAGAUGUCAAUAUAUGCGUGUUUGUCGAGAAUCCAGAUUCUUGUGUUGAGAUCGUUUCGAGUAUCUUCGCCAAUCGUUUCAGUUUGGCAGUGACAAGUCUGUUUACGUUUAUGGCUCUGAUAACUAUGAAAUGCUUCGUCAAAAAUGACCACGUGCAGCCAUCACUAAGCAAUGGAUUUUGGAUACUGAAGCUGUCACUCAUUUUCUUGGCAUCCUUAGUAGCUUUCUCGAUUCCUCCUGCACUGUUUGAUGUGAUAUGGCAUUAUCUAUGUGUCACAGCGUCGCUUCUACAGUCUAUAUUGAUAACAUUUCUGCUAAUUGAUCUGACCAAUGACAUGUUUAUAAACUCAAGAAAUUCAAAUAGGCAACAACAAACUGCAAAACAAAAAGCCAUGGGAUACUCAAUGACGUUUGUCUUCACUUUGCUUUCAACCACUGCCUUCAUUUAUACAAGUUACAGUGCUUUGAAUGAAAGUGGCCUUACGUUUAGCAGCGCUUUCUCGCUGAUGCUAUUAAUAACCUUCAUAGUAUGCAUGUGCUUUUUAGUCAGAAAGGACAAAGACUCAAUAGCACAGAGCUGUUUCAUUCUUUGUUUCCUGAUGCUUCGAUUAGGUUUGUCACAGGGGUACGAGCUCACUACAAAUAAAAGCAUUCUUAGUAUAUACCUGUUCGUGGACACAGUCCUAAAACUGACUGCAUUGAUUUAUGCACUGUUUAGGGAAAUGGUGCCAAAUCAUUACGAGUUUGGAGGCUCUCAAAUAUACGGAAGAAUAUCCAGCGUCUAUUCAAAUGCUGGCUUUUCUGAGAAAAACUUUAACAUAGCAAACACGUGUGAACAAUACAAGGAUGGAAAAAUUGGACAUAAUGAUACAAACUCCGUGGAAAACUUGCAGGACAGCUACAAGAGAAGCAAGGAUGCAGCCCAACAACUUCUUGAAACAAAAGAUAAUAUAGGGGUGGCUUCAUUAAAACCGUCAUUUCAAGCAAGCAAGCCCUUUAGUCCUGAAAACGAAAAACAUCUAGCUAUUCAAAAACCGACAAAAAAAGCGCCGUCGUAUUCCUUUACUUUUCUGCAUGUUUUUCUUUUGAUAACAAGCCUCGAUUUGAAUUCGAAUCUUACGUCAUUUCACGUGCUAGUUCAAACAGGAAGCUACUUCGAGGUCAACUGCAGCAUAUUUUCGGUUGCUAUCCUUAAACUUUCUACAGCUGCUAUAGCGAUUAUAUUUGUAUGGACAAGAUUGGUUGGAAAAAUCCAUAAGAAUGUGAAUGAGUUCUCUAGCUUCACGCUCCUGGUUACCUUAGCAAAGUCGAUUGCCGAGUUGUUCUACAAAAUUAUGGUCGAGCCACCUAAAUGUAAUGCAAUCAUCUCAAAUAUCAAAUACUUGUACACUGGGAUCUUCGCCUCAAGCAUUAUUGCCUCAUUCGUAGUUUUGUCUCCAAAAGUGAAAAAGAUGCUAGAAAAAAGCACAUUCUUCUGCUCACACAAAACAACCAAGGGAUUUUGCCUUUCAGCAGAUCCAAGUCUUGUUGCUUUAUACAGAAUAUCCAUUUCGACUUCGACGUUAUUUUUCAUCAUGUCUGUUCUUCUACUUGGCGUCUCGUCAGUGGCUAAUCCACGGAAUAAACUACACCUGGGAUUUUGGCCUACUAAAGUGCUGCUGUUAGGACUAGCAUUCAUCACAGCGUUCUACGUUCCGCUUGAAUUUGACAGGAUAUGGAAACACUUUGCAUUAGCUGCUACGCUUGUGGUUACUUUGAUACAGGUUGUCAUUGUCCUUGACUGCACUAGCCAGUUAAUAGCACAUUUUCAUAUUCAAGAAGAAACAUCAUCAAAGAAAGCAAAUAGAAUAUACUUUAGCUGUAGCUCUAUAGCCAUUUUUCUCUACACAAUGGCAUUGACAGCUUUCUUCUGUUUCUACGUAUAUUUUGCACAGUUUUCAGUUUGCAAGUCAAACAGAAUUUUUAUCUGCAUCAACUUAGGCCUAUGUAUGAUGGCUAGCGUAAUAUCAUUGCAUCCGUCAGUCCAGGAUGGAGGUCUGGUUCAAAGUGCAGUUGUGACGUCAUUUUGUAUGUAUUGCACAUGGAGUGCUUUGUAUAACAACCCCAGAGAGGAAUGUAACCCUAUGGCUCAUGAGAUAUUUGAAACUGAAUUAAAACCAACAAAGACUACACUAUUUAUCGUUGAUUUUAUGGCACUCAUGAUAACUUUAGCAUAUGUCACGAUAUAUACUAUUCGGAUACAAGAGUUCUUCCAGCGUUUCGCAGCAGUGUGCUUUCGUUUUCAUUGCCUCAAACCAGCCUCAGGCAGCGAACUUCCAAAAAGCUCAACGGACUUGCAAAAAGUUGGAUUUAGACAGGUUUUACUUGGCUAUCAAUAUCAACAAGUUGCUAUUUCGAUACAAUCGGACGUCAGCAGGCCUAAGACUUCUUAUCCUGAAGCCGAUAAAAAAAUUUCAGACCCAGUGCCUUACAGCUACUCGUUACUUCAUUUAAUAUACGCGUUUCUAUCAAUGCAUGUAUUCAUACUGUUAAUUACAUGGGUAGAAGAAAGACCAGGCUCUCAUAUCAAGAUAAGCUUUCAUUGGACAGUGAUGUGUAUUAAGAUAGUUUCGAGCAGCACUAGUGUUUUACUUUAUAUAUGGAGUUUAGUAGUUCACUUAUUUUUAAAGAAUAUCAACAAAAGCUAAGAAAUUUGUAGUUACAUGAAAACAUUAAUCAGCUAAGUACAUAAAAGUAAACGGAAAUUGAUAAUGUCAAGAUACCAUCCCCAUCAACCCACUACUGCUUUAGCAUAGGUAUCGGAGCAAAUUCGAGAAAACACAGAUUUCUAAAAUUAAAUGUACCAGACAAAAAUUAUAUUAAAAUUCUGACUACAUAAUUUGCUCCAAUCCAGCUCAACAGCAGUGUGUUAGUUGAAUUCCAUAUGCAGGGUGAUUUGUGUCAGGAGUUACGGUCAUUGUUUGGGGGUACGAUCAUUAUUUGAGAUAUCAACUUUACAGUUCUUUUGAAAGGUUGAUAGAAUCAUUUUUCAAUUCAUUAUUUUGAUAAACUUUACUUUUUAUGGUAUUAACAAACCACAAUAAAGUCAAUUGGAUUGGAGAAACGCCAUUUUCUCCACGUGAUUUUCUAGAGUUUUGUUUCCUUUGGAUUUUAAAACUUUGUUAGGAAAAACGGUCCUAUAUUUCUUGUUUUAAGCAUUUUAUUAAACUGAAAUCCUUAGCAGAGCUGGAAAAUGACCGAUUAUCGCAACAUUUCAACAUUCCAAAAGCAAACAAUUUCAAAAUUUAAUUUAAAUCUUAUAGAUGAAUAUCAACCAUAAAAGUAUGCUUGCGAUAUAACUCCCGAGUGUCUAGAUUAUUAAAAUUUUGUAUUCAGCGCUUUGCUCACGAAUUAUGAGCUUUGUGUAAACCAUUUGAAAUUUCCAAAGCAUUAGUAGAAUGUGUAUAAUACUGUGCUGGUUUAUAUGAGAAUUAUGGUACCUGGUAUAUUACUAUUUUUAACAGAAACAUUGUCAAUAACUAUUAAUUGCUUU